AUGUCUCUCAACAUCCCCAGCGCCCCCAAUGCGGGCCUGUUCAAGCAAGGCUACAACAACUACGAUUCCGAAGACGGCGCCGUCUUGCGAAAUAUCGAUGCCUGCCGAGCCGUCACCUCCACCGUCCAGACGUCUUUGGGCCCCUACGGCCGCAACAAGGUCGUCAUCAACCACCUGCAAAAGAUGAUCCUGACCUCGGACGCUGCCACCAUUCUCCGGGAGCUCGAUGUCGUCCACCCCGCCGCCAAGCUGCUCGUCAUGGCAAGCCAGCAGCAGGAGGCCGAGAUGGGCGACGCGACCAACCUGGUCAUUGUCCUGGCCGGCGAGCUGCUGCGCAAGGCCGAGGAUCUCCUGAGGAUGGGGCUCAAGUCGGCCGACAUUGUCAUUGGUUACGAAAAGGCCCAGAACUUUGCCCUCGAGACGCUGGAAAAGCUCGUCGUCGACAAGGUCGAGGACAUGCGGGACCCGGAGGAGCUGAGCAAGGCCAUCCGAACCGUCAUUGCCAGCAAGCAAAACGGCAAUCAAGAUUUCCUCGCCGACCUCGUUUCCGAGGCCGUCCUGGCCGUCCUGCCCAAGAACCCCGCCAACUUCAGCGUCGACAACGUCCGCGUCGUCAAGAUCAUGGGCGGCGGUCUGGAGCAGAGCCGCGUCGUCAAGGGCAUGGUCUUCCCCAAGGAGCCCGACGGUUCCGUCAAAAAGGCCCGCCGCGCCAAAGUCGGCGUCUUUACCUGCCCCAUCGACACCAGCCAGACCGAGACCAAGGGCACCGUCCUGCUGCACAACGCCAAGGAGAUGAUGGACUUCAGCAAGGGCGAGGAGGCUCAGCUCGAGACGGCCAUCAAGGAGCUGCACGACUCCGGCUUGCGCGUCGCCGUCUGCGGGGACAAGGUUGGCGACUUGGCCUUGCAUUAUCUCAACCGCUACGGCAUCCUGUGCAUCAGGAUCCUCAGCAAGUUCGAGCUGCGCCGGCUGUGUCGCGUUGUCGGCGCCACCCCUCUGGCACGACUGGGCGCGCCCAUGCCGGACGAGAUGGGCAACAUCGACGUCGUCGAGACGCUUGAGAUUGGAGGCGACCGCGUCACCGUCUUCAGGCAAGAGGACGAGGCUACCAGAACCGCCACCCUGGUGCUGCGGGGCGCCACCCAGAACCACUUGGACGACGUCGAGCGCGCCGUUGACGACGGCGUCAAUGUGGUCAAGGCAAUCACCCGCGACGCACGCCUCGUGCCCGGGGCGGGCGCGACCGAGAUUCAGCUGAGCGCCAAGAUACAAGCCCAGGGCGAGAAGACGUCUGGCCUCGGCCAAUACGUCAUCAAGAAAUACGGCGAAGCUUUCGAGGUUAUCCCCCGUACCUUGGCCGAGAGCUGCGGCCUCGACGCCACCGAGGUUUUGAGUCGAUUGUACGCUGCUCAUCACAAGAUCGACGACGGCGACACGGGCGUGGAUGUUGAUAACAACGACGGCAGCGGCAUCCUCGACGCGACUGACGAAGGAAUCCUCGACCUCCUGGCGUCGAAAUCGUGGGCCAUAAAACUCGCCACAGAGGCCGCUCGCACAGUCUUGUCGGUAGAUCAAAUCAUUGUCGCCAGACAAGCUGGCGGUCCCAAGCCCCCAGGCCCCAACCCGAAUUGGGAUGAGGACUAG